UUAAAAAAAACUGUAAACAUUGAAAACGCAAACAAAAACAAAAUUUUUCCUUCGAUUUAUUGAAAAAUAUUUGCGUGAUAAAUCGAAAUGACUUCGUCAUUCACAACUUUACUGAAAGUCCUACGAAUUACAUCUGGACCCAGUGUUAACCAGGACACAACUUACCCACUCAAAACACCAAAUGUAUUACCAGAGCUCACAAUAACCAGCGAAAAAACUUUCACCUCGCAGACUAUUGAAACGAUGCGUACCGUUGUUUCUGGUCUUCCGGAAAUCUCGUUACAGGAAGUGGCGAUGCAUGAUGAUUACGACGAUUGUUGGAUUAUCAUCUAUGAUCGUGUUUAUGAUGUAACGAAAUUUCUAUAUAUGCAUCCUGGUGGUGAAGAUGUUAUUAUGGAUCAUGCAGGGCGCGAUGCUACGUUAGCCUUUCAUGGUACCGGUCAUUCACGAGAUGCAAUCGAUCAAAUGCGUGAUUAUUUGAUCGGUGAACUACCGCCGCAUGAACGCAUUUUUCGUACACAAAAUGGUAAGGUACUCUCCAUGGAUAUACCAGAGUGAAAUUUAGAAAAUUAUUUAUAUUUAUUUUUGAGUAAUUAUAUUAUUUAUACAUAAUAAUC